CCUCACAAAUUAAUUGUUUUCAUUAUUUUUGGAGUAAUUUUUGCAGAAGAAAAACACCUUGGAAAAUUCUUAUAAUGCUGCCGGAAAAUAUUGAUCAGCAAAUUAUGGCUCUGGAGAAACAGGAAUUAGAGGCUCCCAAUGGAGUGGCUUCUCUUCAACUCUACACAGAACUAUUUGCGGCUUAUCUGUUUAAAAAUGAAUUGAGUCAAGCGAGGUUUCUCUGGAAGCGAAUCCCACAGAAUAUCAAAUCCGGAAAUGCUGAACUUGAGCGAAUGUUUACAGUGCUACAAUGCCUGUGGUCCAAUAAGAAUUUUGAGUUCUACAAGGCUAUCACAUACGAGUGGUCCAAGCCAAUUGCUAAAAUCAUGGGUGAACUGAAGGAAAAAGUCCAGGCAGAGACGAUAAAUCUCAUAGGACGAGCAUACAGCUCGAUUUUCGAGAAUGUUUUUGUGGAAAUGACAAAUUACAGCCCGGAUACUGUCACAGAAACCUGCAAAAGUCUCAACUGGGAGGUAAUCGAUGGGCCCUACCCGCGACUCAUCAUCCCCAAGAAACCCCCAGUGGAAAAAAUGGCCGUUACAACUUGUGAAGAUCAACUGCAGAAGCUCACGGACUUUGUCUCAUUUCUGGAGAAUUAACUUGGAGUUGUAUCUCGUGAAUAAAUUUAAGACAUUUGCUUUUGGAACUCU